CUGCACAGCGAGUGGAGCCACUAGCUCAGUGCAUUCACUGCCCUUUGCAAUUCAUUUUUAAACUCCAAGUAAAUAUCGCAGAAAACCUAUCAUGAAGCUGGUAACUGUGUUUUUGCUGGUGACCCUCAGCAUCUGCAGUUACUCUGCCACCGCUUUCCUUGCCAACAGUUUGCCAGAAGCUGUCAACAAUGCCUUACCUUUACCUGUGGACAACCUUCUCCCCUUUUUGGAUCCGUUAAAGCUUCUUCUGAAAACUCUGGGCAUUUCUGUUGAGCACCUUGUAGAAGGGCUAAAAAAGUGUGUGAAUGAGCUGGGACCAGGCGCCUCUGAGGCAGUGAAGAAACUUCUGGAGGCCCUGUCGCAUUUGGUGUGAUGGCAGCACUAAGCUCUGAUGGAGGAGAAGGGGAAGGUCCUCCCCUUCUUGCGGGCUGGAACUCAUUCCGGCCUAAGAUGUGGUGACCCCUGAAAACAAUGAAUAAAGCAAUGCAUAGAUUUCA